AGUUACGAUAUUUUUAUGUGUAUAUAAUAAAUAGUGAAGAAAAAUUACUUGAUUUUUUAUUUUGAAGCUUCAAAAUGUAUUCGUAUAGGAAGAGAUUAUGAUGCAUAACAAUGAUAGCAUAUUUAGGUACCUAUUAGGUCUUAUGAUAUAUUUAAUAUCAUCGAUAGAUGCUCACAGCGAAAUAACGAAAGUGUCGAGCGAAGACGAGUGCAAAAUAGCCGACCUAUGUGUACACGACAAGGUGCCAAUGUGUGCGAUCGACUCUUGUGGCGAGAUGAGAACUUUUAUAGACAUUUGUGACAUGCAUGAGUUCAACUGUGACAGCAAGAAAGAUUUCAAACAGAGACCGAUACACGAGUGCUGGGUGACCUGUAAGCGAGGUCGUUCCUUCAAGAGGGCAGAAUUCAAUGACUGCAGCAAAAACACCAAAACUAGGACUGUAAAUCUAGCUCAGACAUAGCACUAGACCUAGGUUUGGGAUUGGAGUUAAGAUUACAUAUAUAGUGAUUAGUG